AUUACCUCAUUCAGAGUUCUCUAUUAACUGUUGGUUAUGCAUAUAACUAUAUAUAAUAAGCCAAUUCAUUUACAGAUCAAACCCAUGCAUUAAGUAAGAUUCCCCCCCUCUCUCUCUCUCUCCGUUCUCUUCUCUUCAUCCCAUGGUGAGAGAAAUCUUUGCUUGGGUUUUGCUGCCAUUUUGGCCGUUUUUGCUCUAAUGGGUUCUUCAUGGUCUCAGGCUUUCAGUCUCUGUGUUGCUCCUUUUGAUACCAAGGCCUUAACUUUUGGUGUUUGAAUCCUCUCUGUGCUGUUACCUUUCCUUAUUCUUCUUCACUGAGCCAAAGUUUUGUUGUUGAACUCUGUGCUUGAGCUUAUUCCAUUAGAUUCUGAAGCAAAGGGGGGAAAAAUGCUGAGAUCUUUGCAUGGAUUGAGAAAGCAUUCGCGCUUCACACCGUGAGUUUUCUUUCUUCUUCCAUUUCAUUUUUGCUGGUAAAAGAAAAAAAACCUCCGUCAAAUUUCCCAUUUUUGCUCUCAUGGAUGCACCUGAAGAAACUCUCAACGACACAAAGCCACUAACCAUCAAAAUAACUCAAAACUACAUCACCAAUAGAGAAAUCUCAGCCCCAAUCUCUCCUUCAAUCUCUAUCUCCCCCAAUCUCAACUCCCCAUCUCCUCCUUCCUCUGCCUUUGUCUCUGCAUUACAAUCUCCAUACAUUUCUCCAAGAGCUUUAGAGCCUCCAUUGCCAACAACAGGAACAAACACAACCACAGCUACGACUACUAGUACUACUACAACCACAAUCCCAUCUCCAAUCUCAUUCUCUGAUGACAUCCCAAGCUCUUCUCAUACUCCCCCUUAUGAUUUCUCCACUGACCCAGGUGACCAGAAGCCUAGAAUCUCCUUCUCUUUUCCAAUAGGACCAAUACCCAGAGUCUCCUUCACAAAACCCCCAAUAUCUCCUUCCUCCAACGCAAAGUUCAGGAGCUGUGAUGUUUACAUUGGCUACCAUGGCCAGAAUCUCAACCUUGUUAGAUUCUGUAAGUGGCUGAAAUCAGAGCUUGAGCUACAAGGUAUAGCUUCUUUCGCCGCUGAUCGAUCUAAGUACUCAAAUACUCAGAGCCAUGAGAUUGCGGACCGGAUCAUUUGCUCGACGACCGUUGGGGUUGUCGUGGUUACUCCGUCGGCGUUUCUGAAUCCUGCAAGUGUUGAAGAGAUCAGAUUCUUUGCUCAGAAGAAGAAUCUUGUGCCUGUUCUGUUCGAUACCGAGAUUUCUGAGAUUGGUAGGCUGAUAGAAGAGAGGUUGGAUGAUAAGGAGAGCAGAGAAGCUUUUGAAGGGCUGACAAAGCUGGGGAGUGAGUAUAAGCUUGAAGCUAAUGAUAGCAAUUGGAGAAAUUGUGUUAUGAAAAUUGUCAGGAUUUUGCAGUUGAAGCUUGGGAGGAAGAGCAUUGCAGAAAGGGAAGUUGAAGAAUUCGAAGAGUUCCCAUUUCGUAGGAGCAAGUACUUUGUUGGUCGAGAGAAAGAGCUGACAGAAAUCGAAGCCGCUUUCUUUGGAUGCAGCAAUGAUGGUCCAGAGAUUGAAUACCCGAAACCCGUUCUUGCAAAUGGGGGAUCAAAUGGAUCUUCGGAUGGUUUCGCCGAUGAAGAGAGUGAUACAAUCAGAACCAAUGGGAAAUACAUCAGUUUAGAUGUGAGGAAAUGCAAGGAGCCAACGCUAGAAGCUUGGAUUGAACCAGUGAUGGAUUUCAAAGGGAGAGGCCUGCAGAGGCAGAGAUCAAAGCAUAAGAAAUCUCGGGGUGCAGGCAACAAAGGUUAUGGAAACAGCAAUGUAGUAUGCAUCAAUGGCAUCGCAGGAAUUGGAAAGACUGAACUAGCAAUGGAGUUUGCAUAUCGAUACUCUCAGAGGUACAAGAAAGUCUUAUGGGUAGGAGGAGAAGCAAGAUACUUUCGACAAAACCUACUGAAUUUAUCGAUGGUUUUGGGAUUGGAUGUGAGCGCCGAGGCUGAGAAAGAAAGGGGACAGAUUCGAAGCUUCGAAGAGCAAGAAUUAGAUGCGUUUCAGAGAGUGAAGAGAGAGCUCUUCAGAGAUGUUCCCUAUUUACUAGUCAUCGACAAUCUUGAAACAGAGAAAGAAUGGUGGGAAGGUAAAGACCUCCAUGAUUUGAUCCCCAAAAACACCGGAGCAACUCAUGUCAUUGUAACUACUCGUCUACCAAAGGUGAUGAGCUUCGAACCAAUCCAGCUCCCGCCGCUAUCUUUAGCUGAUUCACUCAUUCUCCUCAAAGGCAAGAAGAAGAAGGAUUACCCAUCUGAUGAACUCGAAAUCUUGAGAAAAUUCGAUGAGAGAUUGGGGAGAUUGAGUUUUGGCUUAUGGGUGAUCGGCUCAUUGCUUUCUGAGUUGUUUAUAUCGCCCUCAGCCUUAUUGGAAGCAAUCGAAAGGAUUUCGUUAAAUGAAUGCUCGAUUUCAGAAGAUACAUUCAGCCGAAACAAUCCUUUCUUGAUCAAAGUCUUGGUAUUUUCCUUCGCAGUUCUCGAUCGAGCAAAAUCUAGUCAAAAUCUUGCUUCAAGAAUGCUUCUUGCUGGCGCUUGGUUCGCUCCGGCGCCGAUUUCAUCGACACUGUUAUCAACCGCCGCCGACAAAUUACCAACAAAAGGUAAUAAUUUCUCUGAAUGGGGUAAAUUCUGCUGCUUAUCACCCCAAACCCGAAAGAACGAAACCGACUCCGCCCUCAUGAUAGUAAAGCUUGGUCUAGCGAGGCGGUCAACGAAACAACCCGGUUGCUGGAUCCAAUUCCACCCUAUAACCCAAUCCUUCGCCAAGCGUCGCGGCAGCCUCCCACCAGCCAAAGCCACAGUCCAAGCUGUUCGAAAGAUCGGGAAUGCCAGUCUAAACUCCGACCACCUCUGGGCAUCAGCAUUCCUAGUCUUCGGGUUCAAAUCCGAACCUCCUAUAGUCCAACUAAAGCCAAUAGAUAUGGUACUCUUCAUUAAAAGAACCGCAAUCCCAUUGGCCAUUCGAUCGUUCAUGCUGUUUUCUCGGUGCAACUCUGCGCUGGAGCUACUGAAAGUUUGCACGAACGUGCUCGAGGAGGUGGAGAAGUCGUUCGUGUCCCAGAUUCAGGAUUGGGGGAACGGGUCGCUCUGCUGGAAGAAGAAGAUGCAGGGGAAGCAGAGGGUCGACGAGUACGUGUGGCAGGAUGUAACGCUGCUGAAGGCGACGCUGCUGGAGACGAGGGCGAAGCUGUUGUUGAGAGGAGGGCAUUUUGAUAGCGGAGAGGAGUUGUGCAGGACUUGUAUUAGUAUUCGGACCGUGAUGCUUGGGCAUAGGCAUGCGCAGACUCUGGCUGCGCAGGAGACGUUGGGGAAGCUAGUUAGGCAGAGGAGUAAGAUUUGAAGCGGGGUUUACCCGUUAAAAGUGUUGUAUGUAACUUUGGGGGAUCUCGUGUUGAGCUAAAUUAGAAGAAAUUUUGUGUUGGGAUGUAGCUGGCUAUCUCCUUUUAUGUAGAUGUAUAGUUCUUUUAUUUUUAUUUUUUAAGGCCUGGGGAGUCCGCACGCUUGCAAGAAGUGUUCUUUUGUGCAUGUAUGAAAUUUUGUUGGGAUAUUAUGUCCUGUCUUUACUUAGGGCUUUAGCCAUUACUAAUUAUCAAACAAAAUCCUGUUCACCU